AUGUACCUGCGAAAUGCAGGCAGGAGGUUGGGGUUCAUUGUACCACCAUGUAACAACUUAUUAUUCAAUACAUUCUCUUCCACACACCAAAUAUCCCAUCAGGCACGAAAACAAUCAAGUCAAUUUUUAAUUCGGCCAAAGAAGGAGACGAUUGGAAAUCAUGUAUAUACAAAGGUGCCCCAACGUCUAGCCCAUGCGCAAAGAUAUCAACCUUUUGUCCCCCCUUCGCCAGCAUCUUUGGGGACAGCCGCCCCUCCAAAGCUAUAUCCUCGAUCCAUAAAAUGGGGACGAAGAUUACUAUAUGUCUCGGCGGCGACAGGCAUAGCCUAUCUCAUAGACACCCAAUUGUACGCAUCCUCUAUUACCAGAUCAUUGCGAACAUUCGGCCUGGGUAUAUUGGUGGCAAUCGAUUAUAAGCUUAAUUUUAGGCCAAAUCCGAUUCUGGGGGGUGACAUUACGGACUUGCAUAGGAGAAACGCUGAGAGGAUGUUCAAUCUUUUACACCAAAAUGGCGGAUUAUACUUGAAAAUUGGACAAGCAAUUGCUAUGCAAAGUGCAGUCUUGCCUCCUGAGUUCCAGAAAAUGUUUGCGAGAAUGUUCGAUGAUGCUCCGCAGAAUGAGUGGCAUGAUGUAGAGAGGGUUAUCAGGGAAGACUUUGGAGGUAAAAGUCCAGAGGAAGUGUUUGGUGUUAGUUAUACAAAUAAGCCUGGGAGUGGAAUAAUCGAAACAAAAGCUAGAGCUUCAGCAUCUGUUGCGCAAGUUCAUUGGGCGAGGCUGGCUGAUGGGAGAGAAGUGGCAAUCAAGGUUCAGAAACGAGAGAUUGCUAGCCAAGUGGGUUGGGAUCUGUGGGCUUUCAAGGUAGUGAUGAAAGUAUACACAUACUGGUUCGACCUUCCCUUGUACAGUCUAGUGCCCUAUAUUACUGAGCGCUUGAUGCUAGAAACGGACUUUGUAAAUGAAGCGAAUAACUCAGAACAGAUGGCCGGACUAGUAGCAGGUGAACCACGAUUGAACGGUCGUGUUUAUAUUCCCAAGGUAUAUCGUGAACUUUCCUCAAAACGAGUCAUGACGACAGAAUGGAUCGAGGGUGUACGUCUUUGGGAUAAAGAAGCUUUGACAGCUCCUUGGCUGGGUGGAUAUGGCAAAGGUUCUCCUGGAGCAAAAGGAGCCCCACUGUCAAAUCCCUCGCCAAACAUCCUCUCAAGUAACAAUCCCAAACCCGACCGUAGCGCGGAAUGGAGAGGUCGUAAUGGCAAAGGUGGUCUUGGCCUCAGUUUGAAACAAGUCAUGACCACCAUGGUUGAUCUCUUUUCCGCACAAAUGUUCCUCUGGGGAGUUGUACAUUGCGAUCCUCAUCCAGGGAAUAUUUUUAUCCGAAGACAGCCCAACGGUCAACCAGAACUUGUCCUAAUAGACCACGGUCUAUACGUUUCCAUGACUCCAACUUUCCGACAUCAAUACUGUCAGUUCUGGAAAGCUAUCAUGACCUUCGACAAUGCCUCGCUUAACGAAAUCACUUCUGCAUGGGGUGUCAAGGCCCCCGAUCUUUUCGCAUCGGCAACUCUUAUGCGUCCAUAUGACGGUGGCGACAACAGCACCAAAGAUCGCAUCACCAAGGAUCUGAAAGGCAAAACAGCCGCUGAGCGUCACUACGAAGUCCAAGAGAGACUCCGUCAAGGCAUCCGAGAUGUUCUUUCUGAAGAAGAAAAUUUCCCCCGUGAACUCCUCUUCAUCGGUCGCAAUAUGCGCAUUGUGCAAGGAAACAACCAAUUUCUCGGCUCCCCUGUUAACCGCAUCAAAAUGACCGGUUCAUGGGCAUCGCGCAGUCUGGUCGAUAGCAAGGAUUUGAGCUGGAGAGAGAGAUGGGUUAAUGGGUGGAAACAUCUCUUGUUCAGAUUUGUAUUGUUGAGCACCGAUAUGGCUUUUUGGGGAAGUAAGAUUAGACAAUUUCUUGGAUGGGGCGGAGGUAUGGAGGAUGAUAUUGAGAAGCAGAUGAGGUUUUUGGCCAAAGAUCAGUUCGGAGUGGAAUUGCAACAUGGUGUGUUUGAUGGAUAG